AUGAGGCCCUGGCAGCUCUUCGCCUUCUGGCUGCUGGUCCUGGCCAGCUGCGUGGACUUCAGCACUCCGCACCUGCUCGCCCUGAAGAAGAAGCUGCUCUUUGGCGGCGGAGGACUCGGUGGCGGCGGAGGACUCGGUGGCGGCGGAGGAAUCGGUGGCGGUGGAGGAUUCGGCGGCGGCGGAGGCUUCGGCUGGGGAGGUGGAGGCGGUGGAGGCGGAGGCGGCGGCUACAAUGGCGGAGGAGGAUACCAUGGCGGCGGAGGAGGCGGUGGCUAUCCCGGCGGAGGUGGCGGUGGAUAUCACGGAGGUGGCGGCGGAGGCGGCAAGACCAUAGAUGUCUACAUCGUUAAGCCCGUCUACAGCGGUGGAGGAGGAGGAGGCGGUGGCCAUCAGUGGGGGGGAGGUGGUGGUGGUGGCUACCAUGGAGGAGGCGGCGGAGGAGGACAGAACCAAUGGGGUGGUGGCGGCGGUGGAGGACCUUCCCAAUGGGGGGGUGGCGGCGGCGGCGGCGGCGGCGGCGGCGGAGGCAGUGGCUCCUACGCCAGCAGCAGUGCCAACAGUUGGGCCUCCGGAGGAGGAGGUGGAGGCUGCCACUCCUGCGGUGGAGGAGGCGGCAAUGGCGCCUACGCUAAGGCCUCUGCGAAUGCCUAUGCAGGCAGCUGGUAG